AUGGAUCAAACCAUUAAAACACCAUCUGUUCCAGAACCCGUCGCCCCCAAUUGCACUGGAUUUCUCAAACUACCCGUUGAGAUACGAAUCAAAAUCUGGGAACUCGUUGCCAAUCAACUACGCAACCUUGACAUUUGGUACCGACGUCUCGGGCAUUUUGAAGAGGAACGAAGCCAGUUCGCCUGUCAGGUGACUCGCUGGGUAACUCUUACUGCCAUACCCUCAAUUCUGCAUGUAUCUCGAGAAUCUCGUGCCAUCGGCCUCAAAUUUUAUCAAUUAGAUUUCGGAGUCAACAUUCAUACACAUUAUGGAAUGAACAUCAUAAGUGAGCCGAGGAUAUAUAUUAAUUGGGAAACAGACAGAAUUGUUGCUGCGCAGACCAAUGCACAUGGAUAUGGUGCCUUCAGCGACCUGAUUAAUUCAGAUGAACGUCUAUGUGGCACAAGGUUGCAGAAAGUUGCCAUUCGUUCUGAUCAUUAUGACCCGGGAAUAUCAAGGUCUCUGGGGCGUCGUUUCAAUGAGUUUCUGCUUUACUACGAGCCUUUUGUAUCCUACGAUAGACUCAAAUCGAGGAAUCUAACAAUUGAAUUUGAGCCCAUUACAGGGGUUGAUUUAAUUGUUAAUAAGGAGAAAGAGGCGUUGGAUGCACAUAUUGAAAGUCUUGAGAAGGACGAAAAACGGUUUGACGAAGAAGUUACCCGAGCGUUGGCAGAAGGUAAACCCGUCCCUGUGACACUUAGAAAUCACGUCGUUGGUUCUUGGAAAAAGCCGACAGUGCAAUUGGGACGUAUAGUAAUAUAUGGAAGGACGAGUGAUCCUGGUAGCGAGAAAGAGAUAUGGACUUGGCAAGGCUGGACUCCAUUGAGUUCAGUUGAUACUGCCACAAAAUAG